CGGGAAUACUGAUGUGGGUAGGCGUCCGCGCAAUCCAAGUAGUGAAUUGGGCAUUUGUGCAGGGCGAACUCGAGGGGAAUGAGGAGACAAAGGCGACUGAGGCGAUAAAGGUCCGGGAAUAGUGAUUGCACGCUCCAUUUUCGGGGGGGCUAGCAUCCGCGAUCGACUUGAAGAGCGGACAGGGAAAUUUGGCAUGGGCAUCGCAGGAUCGACAUGCAUUGGCACGGAGGUUCCAAACGGGGACGGGGAGAAUCGACCGGAACGGAGCUGGUCUUUCUCCCCUUUCAAUGGUUCGAAAAAGUCCGGAUCAGACCGGAGUGACCCUGGACCUUCAGUAUUGGUGCCGUCUCCUAUGCUCACAUCUGCUUCAACCAGCUCCGGCUCAGAAAAUAUCUCUCCUUCUAAUAUAUCCCGCACUUCUUCACCUAAAAUCGUAUCUACGCUACUAUGUCGUCGGUGGAGAUUUCGCUUGCGCCCCAGUGUUGUUCGCGAUCGACGGAUUGGUGAUACAGACCAAUCCCGAACGUGAUCUUCGUCCAUAUGCGUAACGGCUGCUUCCGCCCGUGAAGUCGGCCUGCGCUCGAGUUCCUCACGAGGACUACCCACUCUUCUGUUAUUUCCAAGAAAGCCUAUGGCCAACGUUCUCUGGGCGAGUCGGUCUGCUUCCUCCGCGUCCCCUCGCAUUCUCUGCCGCUGUUCCUCCAAAACCCGCAAUUUUCUUUCAAAAGUAGUUUCAUUCAUUUCUUCAGCUUCUUUCUGAAGUCGAAGCUCGUCUUCUUUCCGUCGCAGCAUUACAGAUAUUCGCUCAAGCGAAAGCACGCCAUUGUAAGGAGACGGUGUUGCUGUUGGCGCUGGUGGGACAUACACUUGCUGCGAGGAACUGGCCAAAGUGGGCUGUUCCGCAGGAAUUUCUUCAAGCUCAGAGUAAAAGAUGGGUUCACCAACCUCGGCUGAUGGAGCUGGACCAACUAUCCCGUUUUCGGAUGUAUAUGAUGAUUCCACUUCCCGGUCCUUGUUUGCACCCUGAUUUGAAACAUUACCACGCUCCAAUACUCUUUCAGUCCCUCGCCUACGCAAAAACCCUAUGGCAGCAGCUCGUUGCCGAUUGCCCAGCAGGUGGUCAUCGGCCAUUGUUGGGUGAGCGGAGGGAUCAACCUUCGCACUCUGUUUGCCUUUCCCGAUAUCUGAGGGGCAACGGGAACUCGGAGAGUUGUGACAUAUGCCCAAAAAAGGCAAAUGAUGUCCGUGCGGUCGACACGUGGACCCAGAUGUCUGGUAAUCACGUGCUACCACGUCAUGUCGAUUGCCCUCAAGUGUUGAGAGCUCUCCGGUUGUCCGUACGGUCUUCCACCGACCAUUUUGCUAAAGUCCCAUACAGGAGAUGAUGGACUUUGCGGGAAAUAUUACUGGGGCGUUUGUAGCAUUUGCUGUUAUAUGCUUGGCCAUUGUUGUAUUCUCUUAUGCGUUAGUCAAAUAUUUUGAAGACCGCCAUGAAGGCGAACCUUUAGUAACAGCUACCUGUGUUGUUGGAUUAUCAACUUGUCUCGCAACCAUAUUCCUUAUUCCCGUCGAUGUUUAUAUAACGGCGGGUACGACAGAUCUGUCCACUGGACUCAAGCAUCCCUGGGCAACACCGGAUUUUCUGUCUUACGUCCAGCUGGGUUUGAAGAUCGCUUACUAUGUGCUUUACAGCUGUGUUGUCUUUGGAUCAUUUGUCGUGAUUCCUUGGGUUUACUUUUACUUUGAAGAGGGCGGUGGAGAGGACUCUACAUUCAAGCGGCGCGCACUCAGUGCGACAAAGUACACGGCGGCGACUAUGAUCACCGUCUCGGUUCUAUUUGUGGCUGCUCUUCUGCUGAAGACGCGGAAUGAUGAUUCACCGAGAGAUAUCGAAUGGCUUGAGAAGCUUUUAGGCAGUGGUGUCGAAACGCCCUUUAUCGCGCUAAUCGGCGUGCUAAUAACAUUAGGUUUACUAGUAUACGUCUCCUUUACCUCCCUUGGUUUAUCCCUCCUACCAAUCCGCUUCAUCCAAGCUGGAAGUGCAAACCAAAUCAACCAAGACGCUGUCGCCCAGCUUGCUAUAGUGCAAGAAAGACUAAGGGCUUUCCGUGCCAAGUGUGGAAGAGAGGGACCAGGUGCCAUGAACAGAAGGGAGAAGGGCGAGUUAGAGGAACUGGAGAGAAAAGAGAGAGAUUUGCAAACCCGCGUUCUGGCCAUGGAGAGAGCUAAUUCUAACUUUUGGGUCAGAUUUUGGAAUGGAUUGAAACCGUUCAUGAUUUUUAUUGGAACGGUUGUCCUCCUAUUGAGUUUGUCCAUUACAUUUGCGAUUCUCCUAGCGUGUAUCGACAAGAUCAAGAAUUCCUUCUGUGGGGCGUCCUGCGGCUGGAUGCUCGAUCAUCCCAUGUUUUAUAAUCCUGUCAAUUGGCUUCUCCUUCGGGCCUCUAAGUACUUUCCCUUGGACACCCUCCUCCUACUCGUUAUCAUCAUGUACCUUUUCUUUUGUACACUAGUGGCGCUGACGCGGCUUGGUAUUCGCUGCCUCUGCAUUCCCCUAUAUACCAUCCGUCACAAUGCAACGAGCCCACAAGGUCUUCUCCUGGGAACGAUGCUCAUGAUGCUGGUAACAGUGGCAUACGGAUAUGUGGUGCUGGUUUUAGCACCGCAGUGGGGCACUUUCGGCGUGCAACGCUACUGUGAUCUCCCAAGUAGAAAUUGUACAGAUGACCCUUCCAAAAUCCGUCCCUGCACAAUGCAGGCACCAACAAGUCUUUGCACACCCACUACCAUCUCUACUAUCAUUAACCGUACGACGUAUACGUUCCCUCUGUUUGGCACAAUCUUUUAUUGGGCUCAAUGGGCCUUUUUGGCUGUGUUUGUUGUCGGGAUGGUGGGUGCAAUUGCACAACCGGAUGAUCGACAUGGAGAGGUGAGCGAUGAUGAAGAAGAAGACAUGGAGAGGCAGGCAUUACUGGCUAGAGCAACAGCAGCACGGCGGUAAGAGCGGUAAGAUACAUGUUGACUCGUUGUCAACAGGGCGUCGUUGUUUUGAAGAUUUUGUUUCCUUGUACAUAUUAUUUGUAGUUUUUAAAUAUUUUGUGUUUUUCUUUUGUGCGAAAGCAAGUCGUUGAAUGUAUCUUUGCGACUGUUAAUGGUAGAC